AUGGAGCCUUACAAGAUUAAUGAUAGCAAAUCCAGUAUUAGAUUUGACAAAUUAGGAAAUCAUGAUCUUCUGGUUUGGAUUGAAGCAACAACGACACGAAUUCAAUUAGUUGUAAAUCCAGAUCAGCAAUUAGAAAAAUUUUUAUCUUUAUUACCGAAGAAAUUACAAUCGCUAAUUAUAGUUGACAAUGUCGUCACCUGUUUAUCCGAUGCUUCGUCUAUUCUCCGAAGUUUCUUAGGUGAUAGAAGGAAUAGCCUACCAAACGAAUUGAAUUGUACUGAUAAGGAAGCGGAGGUUGCCAGCUUGUUAUUGACAGUAUUACGAUCACCAACUCAUUUUGUUAAAGAUUGGUUGAAAGAGGGGGAAGUUGUAAACUUGGAAUCACUGAAAAACUUCGAAUUGACUAAUCACUCGUUACUUACCAAAGACGAGCAGGCAAAUAAGAAGAAACCUUUUGUUCAACAGCAAGGAGAGAAGUUCAAACUUAAGUUAGAUGACAAACCCGGAUUCUUAGUCUCAUACGUUCCAAAAUGGUGUAUGUCAGUGGUUUUCAACGAGAAAUCGUAUGUCAAUUCCUACUUAGACAGCGGGGCAGGUUUUAAUUACAUUUUUGUGGAUCUUGUCAAGCAAUGGGCGCUGCCAAUGGAUGAAAAUGAUACGAUUAAAAUUUUGCAGCUUCUUGGUGCUUCAGUACAUUGCUAUGGAUCAGUAAUUUUAAACAUAAAAAUUGGUGCUCACAGUAAACUUGCAUCCAAGUUCUAUGUAUUGGAAGUUUCGCAUACCAUUAUAGGGCUCACGUCUGUCGAAUUACUUGAUAAUUACGUUCCCAAAAUCAUUCCUUACCGAAAAAUCACCAAUGUUGCAUUAGCAAAGUUAACCAAACGCAAGCUUCAAGAGGAAGUUGACUCCGGUUGCUAUGUGAAAGUACCCAAGUGUGAGGUUUUGUCCGCCCAUCCAAUUGUUGCAAUUCCGAAAAAAGAGUCUGUUUGCAUUUGUGAAAAUUACACGUAUUUAAACAAGUUUAUUGAGAAGCCAUCUUCAAUGGAGUUAGUGAAUAUUCAAUCUGUUUUAGCGAUACCGAAACACAAAUUACGUUACCUUUCAGAAUUAGAUAUCUCGAACGCAUUUUUCAAACCGCUUCGAGAAGUUUUUGGGAUUUCUAGUAUUUCAAUUUUGUUCGAACAAGAGUUGUAUAAUCUAUUUCAGGACCUGCAAAUUAUUCGUUAUUUGGACGAUCUUUUUAUUUAUGGAAAAUCGUUGGAGAAACAUAACCAUUCAUUAUUUAAAUGUAAAGAGAUUAUGUCAUCUUGGAAUUUACCAGUAAAUGAAACCAAAAAACAGAUUUUAGCGCUAGAAAUCGAUUUCUUGAGGUUUACUAUUGGUUGUGAUGGUUCAGUUACGGCAAAAGAGAAAUACAAGCCGUAUGAUCUAUUUAAAUCAAUUAUUCACAGAUUUUUUCAAAACAAUGAAGUCUUUGUACAUGAAUCGAAAUUCAUGAAGAUUGUUCCACAAGCAAAUGAUGAAACUGUUUAUGCCUUUAUUUUUUGCGACAACCAAUUAUUUUAUUCCUCUUCUCGCGUUUUACAAAAUUCUGAAUGA